AUCUUCGGGACAAGCGAGUCAGUUGAUUUACGUUAGAGCAAGGAGAAAGAUGUCGCUGGAAAAUCGCCGAAGGAUGGAGUCUUUAUUCACCGUAGCGCUAAUCUUCUGCUCAGCUUUUACGUCAGGUGUUCAGGGGGACAGCCUCACCAUAUUGCAGGCCCCUGAGUAUGUGUCCUUCCAAAAGGGAGACUGGCCGAUAUCAGGGGAGAAGAUUCCAGAUAUGGUGGCUCUGACUAUGGGUUUCUCCGUCCAGGAGGAUCUCUCCUGGCCAGGCCUCCGGGCAGGUCCUUUGUUCCAGCGUCCCAGGGCCAAUGUGCUGGUGGUGGUGAGGGGGGUGGACAGCCUGGCCCUGCCCCAGAGUGUGGCCUCCUACCCCCUGGAGAAUCCGGUGCCCUUCACCCUGGACAGUGUGGCUGAGACGAUUCACACUCUCUUUGCUGAGGACACUCCUGUGGUGCUCCAGCUGGCCCCUAGCGAGGAGAGGCUGUACAUGCUGGGAAAGGCCAACGCUGUGUUUGAGGACCUGCCUGUGACCCUGCAGCAGAUUCGUGCUCGUCUCUCCCAGGAUGGCUCUGUGCUCGCCUCCCUGCCACUCAACUCCCUCAGCCGCAAUGCUGAGGCUGAUCUGCUCUUCCUGUCUGAGGUCCAGGUUCUACAUGACAUCACUGCCCUGCUGCAGAGACACAGGCACCUGGCCAAGGACCACUCCCCUGACCUGUACUCCCUGGAGCUGUCUGGCCUGGAGGAGCUGGGCCGUCGCUACGGACAGGACUCCUCUCAGUACCAAGACGCCACUGCCAUUCUGGCCAAUGUCCUACAGAAGUUUGGUGAGGACUUGUUUGGUCUUUAUGGUGACAGCGCGGUGGUGGAGGUUGUCACAGUGAAGAACUUUGAGGCUCCACUUACCAGGAAAUCUCGCUCAAUCCUGGAGUCCAAACAAAUUAGUAACCCUGGCAGUCCCUAUAACCUGGCCUAUAAGUAUAACUUUGAGUAUGCCGUGAUCUUCAACAUCGUGCUGUGGCUGAUGAUCAUCCUUGCCCUGGCUGUUAUCGUCAUCUCAUACAACCUGUGGAACAUGGACCCAGGAUAUGACAGCAUUAUCUACAGGAUGACCAAUCAGAAGAUCAGGUUGGACUAAGGUCUGCCCAGCAACACUCAAGCCCUCCUAUUAGCCCUCUCCUAGUGAAUCUUUGUUUUUCUUGUUUUGUGUGAAAAAUAAAGAAGUGGAGCUGAAGGUAUAGGCCUAAUUCUAAAUGGUUUGGAUAGGUUUAAGAAAUAUGGUGAAAAUAAUUUCUUAGUAUAGGCCAUGGUUGCACUAAUUACACACCAGAUAGCGUAUACCUAUUCAACCUCUCAGCUAUAGACAAGCUUCUAGUGGUUGGUUAUGGGCUUAGGAGUAGACAUCAGAGUAGCAGUUGUUCAGGCAGAGGGAAAGGUCCUAUCCAAUAUGAAUGACAUGUAUAAGAGAUGCACUUCAUUAGUUAGCACCUUUUGAGAAAUUGCAGAGGUUAACUAUACAGUAGCUGUAGUUGUGUAGUUUAAUGCUGAGUUGUAACACUAGAGCUGUCUCUGAGGCCUAGUCCUGUACCUUCAACCCCACACUUCACAUUGCUUAUGAGUGUCCUCUUUAGUAGUUGUCCUACAUCCCUGGUGAUUUCAAAUGUCCUGUUUUAUUUUUAUUGUAAAGAUGAUUAUUCUAAUGCCCUGAAAGACUGAGAAUUGGUGUGUGUGUGUGAUGUAAAUGUUUGUCUCGCUAUUUGAAACUGUUUUAAGUUAAAGUGAAAUCUAGGUGUAUAUAUUGAAGUUAGAAAUACAAAUAUCCUGAAGGAAACUGCUUUAUUGGUAUUGUGAGAAGGUCUGUGUAACAUUCGCUGGCAGGUUGUAAAGGCGCCUUGCAUGCAUUUUGCGGUUGUGUGACUUUGACAUUUGAAUAUGCAAUAAAUUAAUUACCAUCUAA